AUGUCACGGAAUGAAUGGUCGCAGCUAGAGAGGAUGUUCGAAUUUGCGGAGAAAGAGGUCGGCGAAAUUGGCAUCGUCUGCCCAGGGGCCGGCGUUUAUGAACGAUACCCACCAGGGUCGCCCGAGAGCAACCACUUACAACUCGGGUCAAGGGAUAGUGUUCUUGAUAUCAACCUGACCCACCCUAUCCGAACGACCUAG